AAUAAACCCACAGAGAUGAAGCAAUUUAAAAGAUCCCAGCCUUUUGCCUUUCCCACAGCUUUCUUAAAGUCUCAGUUAAUCAAGAGUCAGACCCGCAGUACAUCCAAAAUGUCAAGAUGGAGUCCAAAAUUUUCUUCAAACUCUCUGGGUUCUUUAGAUCGAGAGAGAGUGCAGAUGAGACAGGCCGUUCCUGUGAUCAGUAGCUACCUGUUGAGUAAAGAAGCCAGAGAGAGAGGAACAUAUUCAAGGCCGAUUCCGGUGGUGUGCAAAGAUCUUCUUGUCCAAAAUGCCCUGUACACUGGAAAUUUAGAAGCUGUUAAAGAAAUCUUCUCUAGAGGAUUUCCGAACGAUGUGAUCAUCCAACCCCAGGGAGAAGCCAUGCGGUGGGUGACAAAUGGAAAAGUGAGAGGACGGUGGUCACUGACAUACGAACAGGAACUGACAACACCGCUGCACAUAACCGCCAGUCGAGGUUUCACCGAAUGCCUCAGACACCUUCUCCUCAGAGGGGCUCGCGUGGACCUGGCACCUGGGGGAAACACUGCCCUCCAUGAGGCCUGCGAAGAGUGCCAGCCAGAGUGUGCCAAACUGCUCCUGCAGUACGGCGCCAAUGUCAGCGCAAUGAACGAAGACGGCCAGAUGCCUCUGCACGUGUGCACAGAGCGCAAGUCGCUCGAGUGUGCCAAACAUCUCAUCGCUUUUGGAGCUGUUGUGAACAGUCAAACCUUAGAUGAAAAUGACACGCCUCUCCAUGUGGCAGCCAGGAAUGGCCUUCCUGAGCACGUGGACCUCUAUCUACGGCACGGAGCUAUGCUAAACCUGCAAAACGACGACGGACAGACGGCGCUCAACGCCGCAUGCUCCCAGCCGCAAGACAGAGCUUCCUUAGAGCGCUACACUCGAGUGUGUCACCUACUGAUGGACGCCGGAGCAGACGUACACAUCAGUGACGCAGACAAGCAGACCCCACUGCACAUGGCUUGCAAGAACGCCAACCCUGAUGUAGUCGACAUGCUGCUCAAAAAAGGAGCCUUGGUUGACCAAAUGGAUUACGUUGGCAAUGCACCUUUGCAUAACAUCUUAAAGGUAAUAGCUUAUAAGAUUGACCACGAGCCCGAGAGGAUCGUUCAGGCGCUUCUCAACUAUGGAUCCAUCAGGGUUUGGCCUGGAGCUCUUCCAAAGAUGCUGAAAUAUUGGUCGACAUCACCACGAACAAUACAGGCUCUCAUCAACACCUAUGACCGCCUUAAAAUCACAGAUGCCUGGGUUGAAGCCGUUCCUCCUGAACUAUUUCAGAAACACAGAGAAUUCUUCGAGUCUCUGUUUGCACUAAUCAACACUCCUCGAUCUCUACAGCAUCUGACCCGUCACAGACUCCGGUCAUUUCUAAAAGGUCGAUUGCACACAGUAGUCCCUAAACUGGGUCUACCAACCUUUCUUAGAAAUUACCUAAUGUUGGCAUUUAGAGACUAUGUUCACUAAAAGGGUUAUACGUGUGUAGUGAUUCAGUUUUGUACUUUAAUGCUUUGGUAAUAUUUAAGAGAUAAAUAUGGAUGCUUAUAUGGCCAUGAAGGGUUUUUUUGGAAAAUGUGUGUGUUGUGAUUUGUGUGGAAAAAAAUGGGUGAUUUUUUUUAAUAGAAAUUCAUAUUAUGAGAAUAUUGCUUGAUAGUUGUUUUUACCUACGAUGUAAUCAUAAUAUAUAAUGUAUUUAACAAAAACUGUAUCGUUUCUUUGUAUGGAAAUAAUAAAAAAGAAAAAUUGGUUAGGAAAGGGAGAACCAAAGGAAAACAUGCAUUCAGUGCCAUUCACAAUUACCAUUAGUUACCACGAGAGGGCCCUGUGGGGUUUAAAUGAAAUCUGAACUUGAAAGUUCUCAAACUAAUAGGAAUUUAUAUAAACAUUAUAUCAAAUA